UUGCUGUAAUAAUUUAUAAAUAUUGCUUAAAUUCAUUAAAUAUGUAUUUCUCUUUUCUCAAUAAUUCUCAAUGUCUACAUUUUUUAAUAACUUUUAUCAUUCUAAAUUAACGAUAAUUUUUAGUUUUGAAUUAAAUUUUAUUUAAUAAAAAGAUUUUUUAAGAAAAACAAUAUCAACAUGUUCAAACAACAAUUUAAUACCCGAGUGUACUUUUUUCGAUACUUUAAGGUUCGUAUCGGUUACACGAUAGAAGCAACUUACUCGAAUAUAAGUUGCUCCGCUUCAAAGUCUGUGGUAGUUGAUGGUAAAUCUUACAUUAGAGACGAGUAUACGAAUGUUACUCCAAAAAUAUUAUCUUUUAUUGGUAUUAACAAUCACAAUCGUAUUGGCCACCCUCUCAACUUAUUCAAACAACGUUUAGUCAAUUUUUUCUACGAUCAUUUCAGAGGACGAACGGGCAAUCCAAUUUUUUCUAUUUACAAUGAAAUUAGCCCUGUCGUGACAACAAAUGAAAAUUUUGAUUCGUUGCUUGUGCCCAAAGAUCAUCCAAGUAGAAACAAAACUGAUAGCUAUUAUUUGAAUAAAACUCACAUGCUUCGUGCACAUUGUACUGCCCACCAAUCUGAAUUGAUUAAAAUGGGUUUGGAUAAUUUUGUGAUAUUCGGUGAUGUUUAUAGAAGAGAUGAAAUUGACGCCACUCACUAUCCUGUAUUUCAUCAAGCUGACGGUGUGCAUAUAUUUACUCCAAAUGAACUAGAAUUAAUAAAUGGAAGUAAUGUUAAUGUAUUUGAUAAUGACAAAAAUAAUUCAAAUAAUGAAAAACAAGGCGUUUAUUCAAUAGAGGCCAAUAAUAUUGUUACCAAUCAUUUAAAAAAUACAUUAGUCGCAAUGAUUAAAAAAGUAUUUGGUGAAGAAAUUGAAUACAGGUGGGUAUCUGAAUAUUUUCCAUUUACACAUCCAUCAUUUGAAUUAGAAAUUAACUACAAUGGUCAGUGGAUUGAAGCUUUAGGAUGUGGAGUUAUUCGACAUGAAAUUUUAAAAAAUUCUGGAGCUGGCAACCGAAUUGGUUGGGCAUUUGGUCUUGGAUUAGAACGUUUAGCAAUGCCAUUUUAUUCUAUACCAGACAUACGUUUAUUUUGGUCUAAAGAUUCAGGAUUUCUCAACCAGUUUCAAAAUCUACCUAAAGAUGGACGAAUGAAAUAUAAACCAAUUAGCAUAUACCCUCAAUGUAUAAAUGAUAUUAGUUUUUGGUUACCUAAGGAAAAACCUUUCUGUUCCAAUGAUUUUUAUGAACUUGUUGGAAACUGUGGAGGUCCGUUAAUUGAACAAGUAAAACUAAUUGACCAAUUUACACAUCCAAAAACUGGAAAUGUAAGCCAUUGUUAUCGCAUAGUUUAUAGACAUUUAGAAAAAACAUUGACUCAAGCAGAAGUGAAUGAAGUACACAAAUUGAUUGAAACUAAUGCUACAAAAAUUUUAGGCAUAAAAUUAAGAUAGUAUACAAAUGAUUUAAUUUGUCAAGACUGAUAUUUUAGUCUGCUUAUAACUUAAAAUGGAUGUAUGAAUGAUACUUUUAUUUU